GAUGGUGACGAGAUUCCCCUGCCACUCGUUGAUAGCGCUGCUCUGCACUGGGUGCUUGCCCACUGCCACGAGUUCCGUAAUCAGGGCAAGUGGGUCCUGAGCAAGAAGCUUUGCAAAGGAGGACCCGGGGACCUGGAGAAGUUGCUUUGGGCUGCGGACUUCCUUGCUCUGGAUCCGUUGGCAAAGAUGUGCCUUGUGAAGCUGGCCAGCAGCUGUAGCAGCCUACCUCGGGAGGAAAGUGAAGUGACUGGGAAACGGGUUUCUCUGCGGGCCUUAUGCCGCUGCUUGGAGUCCGGGAUGAGACAGCCGGAGCUCGUGCUUGGAGUCCUCCAAGCCAUCGGGCAUCAAGCGGCCUCCGGCGAUGAAACAGUCCUUUCAGCAAUUUGCAGGUGCCAAGCCCACGGUGCAGAAGCAGUGAGGCUUGCAACAGUGAAUGCAAUCAAGAAGCUGGCUCCCCAGGGCCACGUCGCCGCUGUCCGCUUGCUAGAGUCACGUUUACAGGCUGAAAACGUGGAAGAGGUUCAGCUGGCCAUACUACUUGCUGUUCCUGUCAUCAUGAACAGAGCUCCUGACAUGCAGCAGUUCUUCUGUAUCCUGGGCUUUUUGGGCCCACGCCACUCCCCAGCCACUCGGGAAGCAGCAGCUCGGGCUGCAGGGUCCCUGGCAGAGCCUGGAAGCCAGCAAGCGCUUACUGCAAUCGCGGCUCUAAUCGGAGCACCCCCUACUUACAGUCGCCAAGGUAUCACGGACAGCAGUCCUAGGGUGCGCCGGCAGGCCAUGCGAUCCCUCCAGCACGUUCUCGGCGGCUGCAAGAGCCUGCAAGUCCUUUCUGGGAUUGCAUCAAGGCUGCAGGAUACGGACAAAGAAGUCAGAGAGGAGGCAGUAAAGGCAGUGGCAUUGAUUGCUGAGCCAGGGGAUGCAACUGUGAUUCGCACGGCAUUGGCCUGCCUAGCCUACGACUGCAGAUGGGCAUGCGAUGCUGGCAUCCAAACUUUGAAGCUUGUUGGACACGGUGAUGCCAACGCAAUAGCCGGACUUCUCCAACACAUGGCGGAUGCCAGGGUUCGCGUCUCUGCAGUCCAGGCCUUGCUGCAAGUUACGUCUAUGCAAGAGGCUCUGAGGUCAUGUAUCUCCUGUGUGGCGAGUCCAGCUCCACAGAUGCGAAGCGCAGUGCCGGAAUGCUUGAGGAUUCUUCUGCGCCAAUCCAAGCAGAGUCAAACAGGCUUUGUGUCAGCAGCUCUGACGCGAUACCUGUGCCACGGCUCUCCAUUGGUUCGCCGGGCUGCGGUGGCAGCUUUUGGGAGCUCCGGCCUGGGUAAGAUCCCGUCCAGUUCGCUUCGUGCAAUUGGGCCUCGACUGCUGGAUCGGCAUCAGGGCGUGCGAGCGGAGGCCACCAGCUUGGCCGGCAGCCUCGGCUUAGAUGAGCGCAUCCGACUACUCUCGUUGGUCAAGCAUUUGUCGCACCGGAGCAAGGGAAGGCGGCGACUGGUGGUCAGAGCAUUCUUGAAGCUGGCGAAGCCAUGGAACGAACGCUAUAUGCAGCUCGUCAUGCCCAGUUUGAAGAGCCAUUCUCUUUGCAUGCAAAUUGCCGGCGCUGAAUUGAUACAAAGCUUGUCGAUUGGUCAUGAAGAUGCAGGCGUUGGAAAGGCUUUGGGGCUUAUCCAGGACGCACGUAUAUAUGUCAAAGCCAGCGGCUACAGACUGCUGGCCUCAAUGCUGGACAUGUUCGGGGCUGACCUCCGGCGUCUCCCCUCAUCUGUCCUGGAGCCCAUCGUCCGUGAAGUGGUUGCUGGCUUUAGCUCUUGUCAGAGCUUGCGGCGUGCGGCUGCUCUUUGUGCCCCCAGCGUCUCCUGGUUAAUCGGAUAUGAUGUUGCCGAGCCUUUGGCUGGAUGCGCUGGCCGCAGGGCUCGUGGAUGCGAGAAGGUCAUCAUGGGUGCCAUGGCGCAUCAUGAGUGGGAGGUGCGCUGGACAGCCGCGGCAGUCCUGCUACAAGUUCCUUUGACUGACGCUUCGCUCUCGGCUCCACGGUUCCCAGAGACACUGCUGUCCGAGAUCCGUGGGGCAGUUUGCCUCUGUCUGAAAAGCGAUCGACGGGCUGUGCGUGACGUGGCGGAGUACAUGCUCAACCGUGGGCUGCGUGGCGAUGACCAGCUCUGCCGACUGGCCUUACAAGUGAAGCUUCCGCGAAGCCAGCAAGCUGAAGCACCCAGCACAGACCGACAGUGUCGAAAGAGGCCACCCGUGAGCCGUCCAGAGCUUGCGAAGAUCCUUGGCAGCUUCAAUCCCAGCACCUACAUCACCUAG